AUGUCGAAUUAUCGUGAAAAUAACGUCUCGGGCGCAGGCAAUACUGGCCGCCAUGGAUCCGACAAAGCCACGUCUGGCGCUGGAGGAAUCGGGCAACGCAGAGGUCCAAUAAGUGGCCUCGUGAGAGCUGUGGCCGGCGGCAUCGGUUUCGCCUCGGAGAGUAUUCACCACCACAAAGAAAAAAAAGACGAGCAGAAGAAGGCCGCGGCCGCAGCAGCAGGGACGCAGAGCGAGGUUGGCGAGAGCUCUCGAGCUGGCAAUGGCAUCACCUCGGGGUCGGCAGUCGCCAGCGGCGGGGGAAGCAAACCAGUAUCCCAAGAGGAACCCAUUUCAUCCGACAGCGACCAAGAUGCCAGUGAAGAAGCCUCUACCGAGUUGGACGAGGCAGCGUGGCAGCUUGACGAUGCGCAGACGGAGCUCGCACCACCGCCCGACUACGCAACCGCCACCCAAGACGAUGCCGACGACAUGGCUCGUCGGUUCAUUGCCAACCACCAAAUACAAGAAAAGCCCUCAUCCGAAACAAGCCGGCUGCCGGUGCCGGUCAUCAUUCCCCAGCGGCGACCCGGCGAGCGAGCCCGCGGCUUCAUCCACGCAUACGCACCUGUCCUCGAGAACGUGGGCAUUGACCAGCCCACGUUUACAGACUUUAUCAAGCAAUUGAACCUGGCAACGAAGCCGUCGCCAUGGAUUCACGCCAUCAAUGUGGCCAGCAUCGCUGCGCAAAGCGUCCCCGAGCCCAUCACCAUUGCCAUCGCCAUCUCGGCGCAGAUCGCGACGCAAGUCGGCCUCCAGGCACACAGCCGCUCCAAAACAAACGCGUUCCUGGACAAGAUCAAUGCCGACUUCUUCCGGCCGCUCGGCCUCAUCGCCGUCAUCCUGACCUGGAAGCCCAGCCGGCCCGGCGAAGUCGUCAGCCAGGCCCGAUUCGACGCGGCACUCGAGCAAGCGGCGGACAGCGUGUCCGGCCCCGGCCAAGGCACGACCGGCCGGAUAGGCAAGCGGAUGCAGGCCUCGAACGCGACGACGGACUUUGAGUGGCCCGAGUCGGCGCCCCUGGUGUUCCCCGACCUGGACAAGCUGGCCGGCACACCGGAGGGGAAGGAGGCGGCGGAAGACGCGGCCAAGAAGCCGGGCAGCGUGAAGCGCGGCAUGCUCUUCGCCAUGGAGUACAUGGACAAACGGGGCCAGGCGCAGUUUGCAAAGGACCAUCCGAGCAGUGGGCUGGCGCACAUGGGCGUCGAGCCCGAGUUCCAUUCGCGGUACUCUGAUCCGAAUCAUCCCGCGGGCAGUGGGAGCUUGAUUGCCCUGCUGACGGGGGGCGCGGUCACGGGCAGGCUCAGCGAGCGCAAGAUGGCGAGACGGGAGCGGCGGGCGGGGAGGCGUGAGCAGAGGACGGACAGGAGGAGCGCGAGGGGGCCGACGGUUCUGGGGACAAUUGGUCCUGGGGCGUUGGUCCGGGGUGUCAGGAAGUUUAUGCACGAGGAUGUUUUGUACCUGAUGAUUGCGAAUAUGCCUUCGGCUGAGCAGCUAGCUGUGGCGCAGACCUUGUUGGGCAGUCAUCCGCCGACAAUGGAAUAA